AUGGCUCGCAAAAACAACGAUUCUCAAUAUAUACCCACCAUAUUCCUUCAAAACUUCACGAUUCCGGAAACGUCAAAUGUUUCCAGGACUAGUUCUGCUCUAUUGGAAAAUGAGAAAUCUAAUACAAAACUCCAGGCCAGUCCCAAAGGUCGGGUCCGAGUACCUUUGCAAUGGCUCGCAAAAACAACGAUUCUCAAUAUAUACCCACCCAUAUUCCUUCAAAACUUCACGAUUCCGGAAACGUCAAAUGUUUCCAGGACUAGUUCUGCUCUAUUGGAAAAUGAGAAAUCUAAUACAAAACUCCAGGCCAAUCCCAGAGGUCGGGUCCGAGUACCUUUGCAAUGGCUCGCAAAAACAACGAUUCUCAAUAUAUACCCACCCAUAUUCCUUCAAAAAUUCACGAUUCCGGAAACGUCAAAUGUUUCCAGGACUAGUACUGCUCUAUUGGAAAGUGAGAAAUCUAAUGCAAAACUCCAGGCCAGUCUCAGAGGUUGGGUCCGAGUACCUUUGCAAUGGCUCGCAAAAACAACGAUUCUCAAUAUAUACCCACCCAUAUUCCUUCAAAACUUCACGAUUCCGGAAACGUCAAAUGUUUCCAGGACUAGUUCUGCUCUAUUGGAAAAUGAGAAAUCUAAUACAAAACUCCAGGCCAAUCCCAGAGGUCGGGUCCGAGUACCUUUGCAAUGGCUCGCAAAAACAACGAUUCUCAAUAUAUACCCACCCAUAUUCCUUCAAAAAUUCACGAUUCCGGAAACGUCAAAUGUUUCCAGGACUAGUACUGCUCUAUUGGAAAGUGAGAAAUCUAAUGCAAAACUCCAGGCCAGUCUCAGAGGUUGGGUCCGAGUACCUUUGCAAUGGCUCGCAAAAACAACGAUUCUCAAUAUAUACCCACCCAUAUCAAAUGUUUCCAGAACUAGUUCUGCUCUAUUGGAAAGUGAGAAAUCUAAUACAAAACUCCAGGCCAAUCCCAGAGGUCGGGUCCGAGUACCUUUGCAAUGGCUCGCAAAAACAACGAUUCUCAAAAUAUACCCACCCAUAUUCCUUCAAAAAUUCACAAUUCCGGAAACGUCAAAUGUUUCCAGGACUAGUUCUGCUCUAUUGGAAAAUGAGAAAUCUAAUACAAAACUCCAGGCCAAUCCCAGAGGUCGGGUCCGAGUACCUUUGCAAUGGCUCGCAAAAACAACGAUUCUCAAUAUAUACCCACCCAUAUUCCUUCAAAAAUUCACGAUUCCGGAAACGUCAAAUGUUUCCAGGACUAGUACUGCUCUAUUGGAAAGUGAGAAAUCUAAUACAAAACUCCAGGCCAGUCUCAGAGGUUGGGUCCGAGUACCUUUGCAAUGGCUCGCAAAAACAACGAUUCUCAAUAUAUACCCACCCAUAUUCCUUCAAAACUUCACGAUUCCGGAAACGUCAAAUGUUUCCAGGACUAGUUCUGCUCUAUUGGAAAGUGAGAAAUCUAAUACAAAACUCCAGGCCAAUCCCAGAGGCCAAUCCCAGAGGUCGGGUCCGAGUACCUUUGCAAUGGCUCGCAAAAACAACGAUUCUCAAUAUAUACCCACCAUAUUCCUUCAAAACUUCACGAUUCCGGAAACGUCAAAUGUUUCCAGGACUAGUUCUGCUCUAUUGGAAAAUGAGAAAUCUAAUACAAAACUCCAGGCCAGUCCCAAAGGUCGGGUCCGAGUACCUUUGCAAUGGCUCGCAAAAACAACGAUUCUCAAUAUAUACCCACCCAUAUUCCUUCAAAACUUCACGAUUCCGGAAACGUCAAAUGUUUCCAGGACUAGUUCUGCUCUAUUGGAAAAUGAGAAAUCUAAUACAAAACUCCAGGCCAAUCCCAGAGGUCGGGUCCGAGUACCUUUGCAAUGGCUCGCAAAAACAACGAUUCUCAAUAUAUACCCACCCAUAUUCCUUCAAAAAUUCACGAUUCCGGAAACGUCAAAUGUUUCCAGGACUAGUACUGCUCUAUUGGAAAGUGAGAAAUCUAAUGCAAAACUCCAGGCCAGUCUCAGAGGUUGGGUCCGAGUACCUUUGCAAUGGCUCGCAAAAACAACGAUUCUCAAUAUAUACCCACCCAUAUCAAAUGUUUCCAGAACUAGUUCUGCUCUAUUGGAAAGUGAGAAAUCUAAUACAAAACUCCAGGCCAAUCCCAGAGGUCGGGUCCGAGUACCUUUGCAAUGGCUCGCAAAAACAACGAUUCUCAAAAUAUACCCACCCAUAUUCCUUCAAAAAUUCACAAUUCCGGAAACGUCAAAUGUUUCCAGGACUAGUUCUGCUCUAUUGGAAAAUGAGAAAUCUAAUACAAAACUCCAGGCCAAUCCCAGAGGUCGGGUCCGAGUACCUUUGCAAUGGCUCGCAAAAACAACGAUUCUCAAUAUAUACCCACCCAUAUUCCUUCAAAAAUUCACGAUUCCGGAAACGUCAAAUGUUUCCAGGACUAGUACUGCUCUAUUGGAAAGUGAGAAAUCUAAUACAAAACUCCAGGCCAGUCUCAGAGGCCAAUCCCAGAGGUCGGGUCCGAGUACCUUGGCAAUGGCUCGCAAAAACAACGAUUCUCAAUAUAUACCCACCAUAUUCCUUCAAAAAUUCACGAUUCCGGGAACGUCAAAUGUUUCUAGGACUAGUACUGCUCUACUGGAAAGUGAGAAAUCUAAUACAAAACUCCAGGCCAGUCCUAGAGUUCGGGUCCGAGUACCUUUGCAAUGGCUCGCAAAAACAACGAUUCUCAAUAUAUACCCACCCAUAUUCCUUCAAAACUUCACGAUUCCGGAAACGUCAAAUGUUUCCAGGACUAGUUCUGCUCUAUUGGAAAAUGAGAAAUCUAAUACAAAACUCCAGGCCAAUCCCAGAGGUCGGGUCCGAGUACCUUUGCAAUGGCUCGCAAAAACAACGAUUCUCAAUAUAUACCCACCCAUAUUCCUUCAAAAAUUCACGAUUCCGGAAACGUCAAAUGUUUCCAGGACUAGUACUGCUCUAUUGGAAAGUGAGAAAUCUAAUGCAAAACUCCAGGCCAGUCUCAGAGGUUGGGUCCGAGUACCUUUGCAAUGGCUCGCAAAAACAACGAUUCUCAAUAUAUACCCACCCAUAUCAAAUGUUUCCAGAACUAGUUCUGCUCUAUUGGAAAGUGAGAAAUCUAAUACAAAACUCCAGGCCAAUCCCAGAGGUCGGGUCCGAGUACCUUUGCAAUGGCUCGCAAAAACAACGAUUCUCAAAAUAUACCCACCCAUAUUCCUUCAAAAAUUCACAAUUCCGGAAACGUCAAAUGUUUCCAGGACUAGUUCUGCUCUAUUGGAAAAUGAGAAAUCUAAUACAAAACUCCAGGCCAAUCCCAGAGGUCGGGUCCGAGUACCUUUGCAAUGGCUCGCAAAAACAACGAUUCUCAAUAUAUACCCACCCAUAUUCCUUCAAAAAUUCACGAUUCCGGAAACGUCAAAUGUUUCCAGGACUAGUACUGCUCUAUUGGAAAGUGAGAAAUCUAAUACAAAACUCCAGGCCAGUCUCAGAGGUUGGGUCCGAGUACCUUUGCAAUGGCUCGCAAAAACAACGAUUCUCAAUAUAUACCCACCCAUAUUCCUUCAAAACUUCACGAUUCCGGAAACGUCAAAUGUUUCCAGGACUAGUUCUGCUCUAUUGGAAAGUGAGAAAUCUAAUACAAAACUCCAGGCCAAUCCCAGAGGCCAAUCCCAGAGGUCGGGUCCGAGUACCUUUGCAAUGGCUCGCAAAAACAACGAUUCUCAAUAUAUACCCACCAUAUUCCUUCAAAAAUUCACGAUUCCGGGAACGUCAAAUGUUUCUAGAACUAGUACUGCUCUACUGGAAAGUGAGAAAUCUAAUACAAAACUCCAGGCCAGUCCUAGAGUUCGGGUCCGAGUACCUUUGCAAUGGCUCGCAAAAACAACGAUUCUCAAUAUAUACCCACCCAUAUUCCUUCAAAACUUCACGAUUCCGGAAACGUCAAAUGUUUCCAGGACUAGUUCUGCUCUAUUGGAAAAUGAGAAAUCUAAUACAAAACUCCAGGCCAGUUCCAAAGGUCGGGUCCGAGUACCUUUGCAAUGGCUCGCAAAAACAACGAUUCUCAAUAUAUACCCACCCAUAUUCCUUCAAAACUUCACGAUUCCGGAAACGUCAAAUGUUUCCAGGACUAGUUCUGCUCUAUUGGAAAAUGAGAAAUCUAAUACAAAACUCCAGGCCAGUCCCAAAGGUCGGGUCCGAGUACCUUUGCAAUGGCUCGCAAAAACAACGAUUCUCAAUAUAUACCCACCCAUAUUCCUUCAAAACUUCACGAUUCCGGAAACGUCAAAUGUUUCCAGGACUAGUUCUGCUCUAUUGGAAAAUGAGAAAUCUAAUACAAAACUCCAGGCCAAUCCCAGAGGUCGGGUCCGAGUACCUUUGCAAUGGCUCGCAAAAACAACGAUUCUCAAUAUAUACCCACCCAUAUUCCUUCAAAAAUUCACGAUUCCGGAAACGUCAAAUGUUUCCAGGACUAGUACUGCUCUAUUGGAAAGUGAGAAAUCUAAUGCAAAACUCCAGGCCAGUCUCAGAGGCCAAUCCCAGAGGUCGGGUCCGAGUACCUUUGCAAUGGCUCGCAAAAACAACGAUUCUCAAUAUAUACCCACCAUAUUCCUUCAAAAAUUCACGAUUCCGGGAACGUCAAAUGUUUCUAGGACUAGUACUGCUCUACUGGAAAGUGAGAAAUCUAAUACAAAACUCCAGGCCAGUCCUAGAGUUCGGGUCCGAGUACCUUUGCAAUGGCUCGCAAAAACAACGAUUCUCAAUAUAUACCCACCCAUAUUCCUUCAAAACUUCACGAUUCCGGAAACGUCAAAUGUUUCCAGGACUAGUUCUGCUCUAUUGGAAAAUGAGAAAUCUAAUACAAAACUCCAGGCCAGUUCCAAAGGUCGGGUCCGAGUACCUUUGCAAUGGCUCGCAAAAACAACGAUUCUCAAUAUAUACCCACCCAUAUUCCUUCAAAACUUCACGAUUCCGGAAACGUCAAAUGUUUCCAGGACUAGUUCUGCUCUAUUGGAAAAUGAGAAAUCUAAUACAAAACUCCAGGCCAGUCCCAAAGGUCGGGUCCGAGUACCUUUGCAAUGGCUCGCAAAAACAACGAUUCUCAAUAUAUACCCACCCAUAUUCCUUCAAAACUUCACGAUUCCGGAAACGUCAAAUGUUUCCAGGACUAGUUCUGCUCUAUUGGAAAAUGAGAAAUCUAAUACAAAACUCCAGGCCAAUCCCAGAGGUCGGGUCCGAGUACCUUUGCAAUGGCUCGCAAAAACAACGAUUCUCAAUAUAUACCCACCCAUAUUCCUUCAAAAAUUCACGAUUCCGGAAACGUCAAAUGUUUCCAGGACUAGUACUGCUCUAUUGGAAAGUGAGAAAUCUAAUGCAAAACUCCAGGCCAGUCUCAGAGGUUGGGUCCGAGUACCUUUGCAAUGGCUCGCAAAAACAACGAUUCUCAAUAUAUACCCACCCAUAUCAAAUGUUUCCAGGACUAGUUCUGCUCUAUUGGAAAGUGAGAAAUCUAAUACAAAACUCCAGGCCAAUCCCAGAGGUCGGGUCCGAGUACCUUUGCAAUGGCUCGCAAAAACAACGAUUCUCAAAAUAUACCCACCCAUAUUCCUUCAAAAAUUCACAAUUCCGGAAACGUCAAAUGUUUCCAGGACUAGUUCUGCUCUAUUGGAAAAUGAGAAAUCUAAUACAAAACUCCAGGCCAAUCCCAGAGGCCAGUCUCAGAGGUUGGGUCCGAGUACCUUUGCAAUGGCUCGCAAAAACAACGAUUCUCAAUAUAUACCCACCAUAUUCCUUCAAAAAUUCACGAUUCCGGGAACGUCAAAUGUUUCUAGGACUAGUACUGCUCUACUGGAAAGUGAGAAAUCUAAUACAAAACUCCAGGCCAGUCCUAGAGUUCGGGUCCGAGUACCUUUGCAAUGGCUCGCAAAAACAACGAUUCUCAAUAUAUACCCACCCAUAUUCCUUCAAAACUUCACGAUUCCGGAAACGUCAAAUGUUUCCAGGACUAGUUCUGCUCUAUUGGAAAAUGAGAAAUCUAAUACAAAACUCCAGGCCAGUCCCAAAGGUCGGGUCCGAGUACCUUUGCAAUGGCUCGCAAAAACAACGAUUCUCAAUAUAUACCCACCCAUAUUCCUUCAAAACUUCACGAUUCCGGAAACGUCAAAUGUUUCCAGGACUAGUUCUGCUCCAUUGGAAAAUGAGAAAUCUAAUACAAAACUCCAGGCCAACCCCAGAGGUCGGGUCCGAGUACCUUUGCAAUGGCUCGCAAAAACAACGAUUCUCAAUAUAUACCCACCCAUAUUCCUUCAAAAAUUCACGAUUCCGGAAACGUCAAAUGUUUCCAGGACUAGUACUGCUCUAUUGGAAAGUGAGAAAUCUAAUGCAAAACUCCAGGCCAGUCUCAGAGGUUGGGUCCGAGUACCUUUGCAAUGGCUCGCAAAAACAACGAUUCUCAAUAUAUACCCACCCAUAUUCCUUCAAAACUUCACGAUUCCGGAAACGUCAAAUGUUUCCAGGACUAGUUCUGCUCUAUUGGAAAGUGAGAAAUCUAAUACAAAACUCCAGGCCAAUCCCAGAGGUCGGGUCCGAGUACCUUUGCAAUGGCUCGCAAAAACAACGAUUCUCAAUAUAUACCCACCAUAUUCCUUCAAAAAUUCACGAUUCCGGGAACGUCAAAUGUUUCUAGGACUAGUACUGCUCUACUGGAAAGUGAGAAAUCUAAUACAAAACUCCAGGCCAGUCCUAGAGUUCGGGACUAGUUCUGCUCUAUUGGAAAAUGAGAAAUCUAAUACAAAACUCCAGGCCAGUUCCAAAGGUCGGGUCCGAGUACCUUUGCAAUGGCUCGCAAAAACAACGAUUCUCAAUAUAUACCCACCCAUAUUCCUUCAAAACUUCACGAUUCCGGAAACGUCAAAUGUUUCCAGGACUAGUUCUGCUCUAUUGGAAAAUGAGAAAUCUAAUACAAAACUCCAGGCCAGUCCCAAAGGUCGGGUCCGAGUACCUUUGCAAUGGCUCGCAAAAACAACGAUUCUCAAUAUAUACCCACCCAUAUUCCUUCAAAACUUCACGAUUCCGGAAACGUCAAAUGUUUCCAGGACUAGUUCUGCUCUAUUGGAAAAUGAGAAAUCUAAUACAAAACUCCAGGCCAAUCCCAGAGGUCGGGUCCGAGUACCUUUGCAAUGGCUCGCAAAAACAACGAUUCUCAAUAUAUACCCACCCAUAUUCCUUCAAAAAUUCACGAUUCCGGAAACGUCAAAUGUUUCCAGGACUAGUACUGCUCUAUUGGAAAGUGAGAAAUCUAAUGCAAAACUCCAGGCCAGUCUCAGAGGUUGGGUCCGAGUACCUUUGCAAUGGCUCGCAAAAACAACGAUUCUCAAUAUAUACCCACCCAUAUCAAAUGUUUCCAGGACUAGUUCUGCUCUAUUGGAAAGUGAGAAAUCUAAUACAAAACUCCAGGCCAAUCCCAGAGGUCGGGUCCGAGUACCUUUGCAAUGGCUCGCAAAAACAACGAUUCUCAAAAUAUACCCACCCAUAUUCCUUCAAAAAUUCACAAUUCCGGAAACGUCAAAUGUUUCCAGGACUAGUUCUGCUCUAUUGGAAAAUGAGAAAUCUAAUACAAAACUCCAGGCCAAUCCCAGAGGCCAGUCUCAGAGGUUGGGUCCGAGUACCUUUGCAAUGGCUCGCAAAAACAACGAUUCUCAAUAUAUACCCACCAUAUUCCUUCAAAAAUUCACGAUUCCGGGAACGUCAAAUGUUUCUAGGACUAGUACUGCUCUACUGGAAAGUGAGAAAUCUAAUACAAAACUCCAGGCCAGUCCUAGAGUUCGGGUCCGAGUACCUUUGCAAUGGCUCGCAAAAACAACGAUUCUCAAUAUAUACCCACCCAUAUUCCUUCAAAACUUCACGAUUCCGGAAACGUCAAAUGUUUCCAGGACUAGUUCUGCUCUAUUGGAAAAUGAGAAAUCUAAUACAAAACUCCAGGCCAAUCCCAGAGGUCGGGUCCGAGUACCUUUGCAAUGGCUCGCAAAAACAACGAUUCUCAAUAUAUACCCACCCAUAUUCCUUCAAAAAUUCACGAUUCCGGAAACGUCAAAUGUUUCCAGGACUAGUACUGCUCUAUUGGAAAGUGAGAAAUCUAAUACAAAACUCCAGGCCAGUCUCAGAGGUUGGGUCCGAGUACCUUUGCAAUGGCUCGCAAAAACAACGAUUCUCAAUAUAUACCCACCCAUAUUCCUUCAAAACUUCACGAUUCCGGAAACGUCAAAUGUUUCCAGGACUAGUUCUGCUCUAUUGGAAAAUGAGAAAUCUAAUACAAAACUCCAGGCCAGUCCCAAAGGUCGGGUCCGAGUACCUUUGCAAUGGCUCGCAAAAACAACGAUUCUCAAUAUAUACCCACCCAUAUUCCUUCAAAAAUUCACGAUUCCGGAAACGUCAAAUGUUUCCAGGACUAGUUCUGCUCUAUUGGAAAAUGAGAAAUCUAAUACAAAACUCCAGGCCAAUCCCAGAGGUCGGGUCCGAGUACCUUUGCAAUGGCUCGCAAAAACAACGAUUCUCAAUAUAUACCCACCCAUAUUCCUUCAAAAAUUCACGAUUCCGGAAACGUCAAAUGUUUCCAGGACUAGUACUGCUCUAUUGGAAAGUGAGAAAUCUAAUACAAAACUCCAGGCCAGUCUCAGAGGUUGGGUCCGAGUACCUUUGCAAUGGCUCGCAAAAACAACGAUUCUCAAUAUAUACCCACCCAUAUUCUUUCAAAACUUCACGAUUCCGGAAACGUCAAAUGUUUCCAGGACUAGUUCUGCUCUAUUGGAAAAUGAGAAAUCUAAUACAAAACUCCAGGCCAGUCCCAAAGGUCGGGUCCGAGUACCUUUGCAAUGGCUCGCAAAAACAACGAUUCUCAAUAUAUACCCACCCAUAUUCCUUCAAAAAUUCACGAUUCCGGAAACGUCAAAUGUUUCCAGGACUAGUUCUGCUCUAUUGGAAAAUGAGAAAUCUAAUACAAAACUCCAGGCCAAUCCCAGAGGUCGGGUCCGAGUACCUUUGCAAUGGCUCGCAAAAACAACGAUUCUCAAUAUAUACCCACCCAUAUUCCUUCAAAAAUUCACGAUUCCGGAAACGUCAAAUGUUUCUAGGACUAGUACUGCUCUACUGGAAAGUGAGAAAUCUAAUACAAAACUCCAGGCCAGUCCUAGAGUUCGGGUCCGAGUACCUUUGCAAUGGCUCGCAAAAACAACGAUUCUCAAUAUAUACCCACCCAUAUUCCUUCAAAAAUUCACGAUUCCGGAAACGUCAAAUGUUUCCAGGACUAGUACUGCUCUAUUGGAAAGUGAGAAAUCUAAUGCAAAACUCCAGGCCAGUCUCAGAGGUUGGGUCCGAGUACCUUUGCAAUGGCUCGCAAAAACAACGAUUCUCAAUAUAUACCCACCCAUAUCAAAUGUUUCCAGGACUAGUUCUGCUCUAUUGGAAAGUGAGAAAUCUAAUACAAAACUCCAGGCCAAUCCCAGAGGUCGGGUCCGAGUACCUUUGCAAUGGCUCGCAAAAACAACGAUUCUCAAAAUAUACCCACCCAUAUUCCUUCAAAAAUUCACAAUUCCGGAAACGUCAAAUGUUUCCAGGACUAGUUCUGCUCUAUUGGAAAAUGAGAAAUCUAAUACAAAACUCCAGGCCAAUCCCAGAGGCCAGUCUCAGAGGUUGGGUCCGAGUACCUUUGCAAUGGCUCGCAAAAACAACGAUUCUCAAUAUAUACCCACCAUAUUCCUUCAAAAAUUCACGAUUCCGGGAACGUCAAAUGUUUCUAGGACUAGUACUGCUCUACUGGAAAGUGAGAAAUCUAAUACAAAACUCCAGGCCAGUCCUAGAGUUCGGGUCCGAGUACCUUUGCAAUGGCUCGCAAAAACAACGAUUCUCAAUAUAUACCCACCCAUAUUCCUUCAAAACUUCACGAUUCCGGAAACGUCAAAUGUUUCCAGGACUAGUUCUGCUCUAUUGGAAAAUGAGAAAUCUAAUACAAAACUCCAGGCCAAUCCCAGAGGUCGGGUCCGAGUACCUUUGCAAUGGCUCGCAAAAACAACGAUUCUCAAUAUAUACCCACCCAUAUUCCUUCAAAAAUUCACGAUUCCGGAAACGUCAAAUGUUUCCAGGACUAGUACUGCUCUAUUGGAAAGUGAGAAAUCUAAUACAAAACUCCAGGCCAGUCUCAGAGGUUGGGUCCGAGUACCUUUGCAAUGGCUCGCAAAAACAACGAUUCUCAAUAUAUACCCACCCAUAUUCCUUCAAAACUUCACGAUUCCGGAAACGUCAAAUGUUUCCAGGACUAGUUCUGCUCUAUUGGAAAAUGAGAAAUCUAAUACAAAACUCCAGGCCAGUCCCAAAGGUCGGGUCCGAGUACCUUUGCAAUGGCUCGCAAAAACAACGAUUCUCAAUAUAUACCCACCCAUAUUCCUUCAAAAAUUCACGAUUCUGGAAACGUCAAAUGUUUCCAGGACUAGUUCUGCUCUAUUGGAAAAUGAGAAAUCUAAUACAAAACUCCAGGCCAAUCCCAGAGGUCGGGUCCGAGUACCUUUGCAAUGGCUCGCAAAAACAACGAUUCUCAAUAUAUACCCACCCAUAUUCCUUCAAAAAUUCACGAUUCCGGAAACGUCAAAUGUUUCCAGGACUAGUACUGCUCUAUUGGAAAGUGAGAAAUCUAAUACAAAACUCCAGGCCAGUCUCAGAGGUUGGGUCCGAGUACCUUUGCAAUGGCUCGCAAAAACAACGAUUCUCAAUAUAUACCCACCCAUAUUCCUUCAAAACUUCACGAUUCCGGAAACGUCAAAUGUUUCCAGGACUAGUUCUGCUCUAUUGGAAAAUGAGAAAUCUAAUACAAAACUCCAGGCCAGUCCCAAAGGUCGGGUCCGAGUACCUUUGCAAUGGCUCGCAAAAACAACGAUUCUCAAUAUAUACCCACCCAUAUUCCUUCAAAAAUUCACGAUUCCGGAAACGUCAAAUGUUUCCAGGACUAGUUCUGCUCUAUUGGAAAAUGAGAAAUCUAAUACAAAACUCCAGGCCAAUCCCAGAGGUCGGGUCCGAGUACCUUUGCAAUGGCUCGCAAAAACAACGAUUCUCAAUAUAUACCCACCCAUAUUCCUUCAAAAAUUCACGAUUCCGGAAACGUCAAAUGUUUCCAGGACUAGUACUGCUCUAUUGGAAAGUGAGAAAUCUAAUACAAAACUCCAGGCCAGUCUCAGAGGUUGGGUCCGAGUACCUUUGCAAUGGCUCGCAAAAACAACGAUUCUCAAUAUAUACCCACCCAUAUUCCUUCAAAACUUCACGAUUCCGGAAACGUCAAAUGUUUCCAGGACUAGUUCUGCUCUAUUGGAAAGUGAGAAAUCUAAUACAAAACUCCAGGCCAAUCCCAGAGGUCGGGUCCGAGUACCUUUGCAAUGGCUCGCAAAAACAACGAUUCUCAAAAUAUACCCACCCAUAUUCCUUCAAAAAUUCACAAUUCCGGAAACGUCAAAUGUUUCCAGGACUAGUUCUGCUCUAUUGGAAAAUGAGAAAUCUAAUACAAAACUCCAGGCCAAUCCCAGAGGUCGGGUCCGAGUACCUUUGCAAUGGCUCGCAAAAACAACGAUUCUCAAUAUAUACCCACCCAUAUUCCUUCAAAAAUUCACGAUUCCGGAAACGUCAAAUGUUUCCAGGACUAGUACUGCUCUAUUGGAAAGUGAGAAAUCUAAUACAAAACUCCAGGCCAGUCUCAGAGGUUGGGUCCGAGUACCUUUGCAAUGGCUCGCGAAAACAACGAUUCUCAAUAUAUACCCACCCAUAUUCCUUCAAAACUUCACGAUUCCGGAAACGUCAAAUGUUUCCAGGACUAGUUCUGCUCUAUUGGAAAGUGAGAAAUCUAAUACAAAUCUCCAGGCCAAUCCCAGAGGUCGGGUCCGAGUACCUUUGCAAUGGCUCGCAAAAACAACGAUUCUCAAAAUAUACCCACCCAUAUUCCUUCAAAAAUUCACAAUUCCGGAAACGUCAAAUGUUUCCAGUACUAGUACUGCUCUAUUGGAAAGUGAAAAAUCUAAUACAAAACUCCAGGCCAGUCUCAGAGGUUGGGUCCGAGUACCUUUGCAAUGGCUCGCAAAAACAACGAUUCUCAAUAUAUACCCACCCAUAUUCCUUCAAAACUUCACGAUUCCGGAAACGUCAAAUGUUUCCAGGACUAGUUCUGCUCUAUUGGAAAGUGAGAAAUCUAAUACAAAACUCCAGGCCAGUCCCAGAGGUUGGGUCCGAGUACCUUUGCAAUGGCUCGCAAAAACAACGAUUCUCAAUAUAUACCCACCCAUAUUCCUUCAAAACUUCACGAUUCCGGAAACGUCAAAUGUUUCCAGGACUAGUUCUGCUCUAUUGGAAAGUGAGAAAUCUAAUACAAAACUCCAGGCCAGUCCCAGAGGUUGGGUCCGAGUACCUUUGCAAUGGCUCGCAAAAACAACGAUUCUCAAUAUAUACCCACCAUAUUCCUUCAAAAAUUCACGAUUCCGGGAACGUUAA